AUGAAUAAUGCAGAAAUUGGCUUUAUUUUAAAUUUUGCUUGGGAUAUAUUUUUUGAUGACACUGAUGACGAAGAUGAAAAUGUCAAAAUUCCAAAAGUUCAUCAAUAUGUAAAAGAAAUUGUCCCUCGUUUCUCCGAUAGAACAUUUAAAACACACUUCCGAAUAACACCGGAUACGUUUGAAGCAUUGCUCACAAAACUUCAUAGCAUUGAAGAUAAUGUAGUUACAGGAUGCAAACCUGUUCCACUUAAAAAACAAUUAAUGAUUACCAUUUGGUAUUUAUCAAAUAUAGAAUCUUUCCAAUCAGUAGCUGAUCGUUUCGAUAUCAGUAAAAGUACUUGUUGGGAUAUACUUUACAGAACAUGUAAAAGUCUCUUAAAAGUUAAUACCAUAUAUAAAAUUAUAUCAUGGCCAAAUAGAGAACGUGCUUCAACAAUAAUGAGACAAUUUCAACAAAUUAAUGGGUUCCCUAGAAUUAUUGGAGCUAUAGACGGAUCGCAUGUCCAAAUAUUAAAACCAAAGAAUCAUCCAAAUUCUUACUGCAACAGAAAAAAUUACCAUUCUGUACUUCUACAAGGAGUCCGCGACAGUAAAAGAUUAUUUUUAGAUGUCUAUGUUGGGGAACCUGGAUCUAUUCACGAUAUGAGAUUAUUUAAAAAGUCUGAUUUAUAUGCAAGGAUAAAAAAUUCUUUAAUUGAAUUUCCUAAUGAUAGUCAUCUAGUGGGAGAUUUAGCCUAUAAGUUAUCUUCAUAUCUUUUAGUAGGUUUUAAAGAUGUUGGUGGAUUAACUGAACGAGAAAAAAAUUUUAAUAAAAAAUUAUCACAAUGUCGUGUGAGAAUAGAAAAUGCUUUUGCAUAUUUAAAAGGGCGAUUUAGACGCUUAAAGUAUCUUGAAACAGUUAGAUUAGAUUUAAUUUGUCUAUUGAUAGUAUCCGCAUGUAUUAUGCACAAUAUCAGUAUUUUAAAUGAAGAUUUACCUGAGGAACUAGUAGACAAUAUGGAGAUAAGGGAUAUAAGAGACCAUGACAAAUUCAUUACAAACAUAAAUGAAGAAGAAGGAAAUAAUGCAAGCAUACUGAAAAGAAGAGAAAUUAUGAAUAUUCUUCCAAUGUAA